AUGAUAGCAUGGAAACCAAGCUCGAAAUUCAAGCUCCAAGAUGAAUCGACUAAUGAAGAAGAAGAUGAGUUAAUUGUUACUAGUGAAAGGAGAGAAGUUCAAGAAGAAGAAACUGAUGAUGAUAGGAUUCCCCGACUAGAAAAGAUGACAGUCUCCCGUCAUCUGAAUUGGUCCUACCAAUUUCUCAGAUCAACCAAGAAAUUGAAGAGAACCUCAGAUUACAAGAUCAAAAGGGUUCUCCUAACCCUUUCCUUGGAAUUUCUCCAUUUUGUCCCGAUGGGAUACUACAUGAACAUCACAUGA